AUGGAAGGAGCACUUAUGUUUCUUCCUCUUUAUUUACUUUUCUUUCAUAAAAUCUACGCUGCUGAAGUCGAUAUCAUUUCAGAUUCACGGUUCUUGACAGAUGGAGACACGUUGGUCUCAGCCACCGGAGUUUUCGAACUGGGAUUUUUUAGGCCAGGUAGCUCUGAGAACAGAUACCUUGGUAUUUGGUACAAGAAAAUCUCUCUCAAAACGGUGGUUUGGGUCGCAAAUAGAAACGACCCGCUCGCCCCUGCAUCAUCAAAUAUGUUAAAGAUCUCUGAUACAGGAACUCUCGUCCUCUUCAACAAUAUCAGCGGUAUAGUUUGGUCAUCCAACACAACAUCAUCACAAAACGCAACUGCGAAGCUUCUCGACAAUGGUAAUCUGGUUGUCAAUGAAAAAAACAGUGAAAACGUUAUUUGGCAGAGUUUUGAUCAUCCAACUGAUACUUAUAUACCCGGCAUGAAGUAUGGGAGAAAUUUAUUGACUGGUAAGGAAUGGUCUCUAUCGUCAUGGAAGAGUACCCAAGAUCCAUCUCGAGGCGAAUUUUCCUGGAGCCUUGACACAAGCAUCUAUCCUCAGAACCUACUAAAACAAGGUGAGGUGGUCAAGUUCCGUUGGCCACUGUCAAGUAUACGGUUUGAUAGGGAUUCUUUAUUAAACCGGAAUAUAAGUUUUACACAGAAUAAUGAAACAAUCGUGGCUUUUAGUUAUAAUCUUGAUAAUAGUUCUGCAGUAUGGAGGUUCACUUUGAAUCCAUUGGGGGAGGUAGAACGUUGGGUGUGGGUAGAAGAUGAUAAAAAAUGGCAGCUACUCAUGGUAUUACCAAAAGAUAUAUGUGAUACAUACAACAUCUGUAAUGGUUAUGGAAGCUGCAGUGUUGCGACCUUCCAGACAUGUGCUUGCUUGGAUGAGACAAGAUUUAUGCCCAGAAACCAAAAGAGCUGGGAGAUAGCAGUUUGGUCGGGUGGUUGUGUGAGGAGAACACCAUUGGAUAGCAAAAAUGGAACAGAUGGGUUUAUCAAGUAUUCUAAUCUGAAAUUGCCAGAUGCACAAAUUUCGUGGUUUAACAGGAGCAUGAGCAGAAACGAAUGUGAAGCAGAAUGCUUAAAAAAUUGUACUUGUAUGGCUUAUGCAAAUACAGACAUCAGAUUUGAAGGAAGUGGCUGCUUACUUUGGUUCAAUGAACUUUUGGACAUGAGAGAGAUACCUGAAAGCAAUGGUGGUCAGGAUAUCUUUGUAAGAAUUGCUUCCUCUGAUUUAGUUGUCGACAAGAAGGGUGGAGCAAACAUUAAAAUCAUCUUAAUUGUACUCUUUUUGGGGUGUCUUCUCCUAGGCUUCAGCGCUACAUGGUUCUGGUUUGCAAGGACAAAAAGUAAUGGUAGUGAACCAAUUGAGGAAGAAAAACUGUUGAUUAAUGUCUCUGAAUUCCAAGAAGAAGACAUGGAGCUACCACUGUUUAGCUUCUCUACAAUAGCAAAUGCCACUGCAAGAUUUUCACCUGACAACAAACUUGGAGAGGGUGGAUUUGGAUCAGUUUAUAAGGGUCUGCUAGAAGAUGGACUGGAGAUUGCGGUUAAGUGUCUCUCCAAGACUUCAAGUCAAGGACUUGAUGAAUUCAAAAAUGAAGUCAUCUGCAUUUCAAAACUUCAGCACCGAAAUCUUGUGAAACUCCUUGGUUGUUGCAUACAUGGAGAUGAAAAGCUGUUGAUCUAUGAAUACAUGCCAAAUGGAAGCUUAGACUCAUUUCUUUUUGAUAGAACGCAAAGCUUGCUCCUUGAUUGGACAAAGCGGUUCAGCAUUAUCAAAGGAAUUGCUCGAGGACUUCUUUACCUGCAUCAAGAUUCACGAUUAAGAAUCAUCCACAGAGAUCUUAAAGCCAGUAACAUUCUACUUGAUCUGGAUAUGAACCCUAAGAUAGCAGACUUUGGCAUGGCUAGAAGUUUUAGAGGAAACGAGACCCAAGCAAAAACAAAGAGAGUUGUUGGCACAUAUGGUUACAUGUCCCCCGAGUAUGCACUGAAUGGUCUUUUCUCAAUAAAAUCUGAUGUAUUUAGCUUUGGAGUUUUGGUGUUGGAGAUUGUGAGUGGGAAGAGAAACUGGGGAUUUAUCCAUCCUGAACAUGAUAAUAAUCUAAUUGGACAUGCAUGGAGUCUAUAUAACGAAGGAAGGUCAAUGGAACUGGUUGAUGCAAGUUUAGCUGAAUCCUGCCAUCCAUCUGAAGUUAUAAGAUCAAUUAAAGUUGGGUUGUUAUGUGUUCAACAAAAUGCUGCAGAUAGGCCAAACAUGUCAUCUGUAAUUCUAAUGUUGGGCGGUGAGGGUUCAUUAUCGCAACCUAAGCCACCAGCUUUUUUCUUGGGAAGGGAAUUACUUGUAGCUUCUUUCCCUUCAAGAACUUAUCCAGAUGGUUCAAUCAAUAACUUAACUAUUACGGAGGUAGAUGGUAGAUAGAAAAAUCACAAGUGGAUCCUGGUAGUGGU